GUCCACCGAAUUUUCAUUGCCACUCGGCAAGUUUAUUCUGACCUCUUAGCGCGCCGGUUACAAUGAUCGAGUAGAUACAGUAUCAACGAAGUGCUAAUAUACCCAUACACCUCACUAUAUCAUCUCUCGGCAGCAAGUAUCACCGCCGAUGGGCAAACGGCACUGGUACACUCCAUCCCAUCCCACCCCAAUAGCAACCACUCGGCAUGGUACGCUGAGCUGAACAAAGUAUGUACAAUUCCGAGAUCCCGAGCCUAUGUACCAACCUGCGCAAGGGGCCUGUGAUGAUCAUUGAUUAGGCUUUUAGAUCUGGUCUGUUCGCGUGCGCCCUCCCAACCAGCCCUCCCGCGGCUUCACACCACUCGUCGCACACACCUGUUACAUACCUCGGUCCACUCGCCAGAGUAGAGUACAUCUGGUCACAGCUCGUAACUUCGAACUCUCCCUCGAGCCCGCACUCCCACUUCAUCUCUACUACCCCUCUCUCGCAGACCGCAGAGUCCUCCAGGCUCCAACUGUUCAGCUUCGAACGGUCGAACUUACAACCUCAUGUAUAAUACGGUAUAUACACAUGAGGUUGUGCACGUCUUCGGCGCUGUAUCCCUCGUUACCGCAGCGGCACUUGGAUACAACGAGCCAACAACGAGCCACGAAUGGACCACCGACGAACCACCAACAAGCCGAAGGGAAAGAACCAUCGAGCGUGAUUUGGGUACCUUCCCAGCUAGCCAGGCCGCUUUCUGUUCCUUUUCUUUUCUUUUCUUUGCAAAGUUAGGUAUAUCAGUUCUGUGGGAGCGGGGGGAACCGAGUAACAAGUGUGAUGCAGCCGUCGGAGCGAGAAGUCGACCACGCCUGUGUGCACAUGGACCGAAGACAAUGCGUGUGAAAUACAUCUACGGACCUACGGUACACACGAUGCGAUACCUACGUCGUCUCGCAGGCUUUACAUGCGCGGAAUCUGCCCCACCAUGUCUGGUCCCUGGUCCUUAAUCCUUCCAGUAGUUCGUGGGGCACAGCUCGUCGUGCUCUGCUGGGGACUGCGCAGAAGAGCCAGGUCGUAAUAACUCUCACGUGUCCACAGCGGAACCCCAGGCUACAGCAUGUAUCGAGUAGCAGAGGGGUGCGGCGAUUAUGGUGGCGGCCGUGACUCGUGACUCGUGAGUGCCCACACAUACAGAGAAUAUCGCAGUCGCCGUACCCUACUAUCCUACUAUAGCAGGUGCGACAUACCAUGAUAUCACUGAUCACUGAUCAACAGUGCUGCUGCUACUACUACUUCUGAUAGUUUCCGGAUCCCGCAUCUCGUGGUAGCCAGAGAUACCUAGCUCUAAAAAGUCAAG